AUGCAUCAUGGCGCCCAGAACAAUGUGUCGUAUUUCCCCCCAUUGAAUUUUGCCAUGGUUGUCAAGGAUGUCUACCGCAGCGCGUAUCCUACCGAGGCGAACAUUCCUUAUUUACGUGAUAUUGGCAUCAAAACGCUUGUUCUUUUAUCCAUAGAGUCCCUCGCGGCGAAGGUUCUGAAGGCACUGGAAGAUCCACUGAAAGUUUGCAUCGAGCAAGGCCGCUUCUCGCCGAGCUCCCCUUUAAACUCGCUCUCCAACACCCGGCUGCUGCCGUCGUCAUCCACGAAUGGGAAAGGUGCGGAGUUGGCAAAUACCUCUUCCGCACCUUGUAGAGGUAUUCGCGUGCUGCGGCUGGCAAACAUGCGAAGCUGGCGAGAGGAUGCGCUCAACAGCGGGCAUGAUUUCAGCCAACGAGAUGUGAUGCGGGGGUUGGAUCUCGCGGUCGACGCGCGAUGGCAUCCCAUCCUCUUCGCCUGCCCGACCGGUGAGAUGCAGACGAAUGUGUUGAUUGGCUGCCUCCGUCGCUAUCAAAACUGGAGUUUGUCGGCGAUAUUUAAUGAGUGUGAGCUUUUUACGAGCCUCACACGGUCUACACAGUCUCAGGUGCUGAACUUUAUUUCGAUGUGGGUGCCGGAGGAAAACCCGAUCAGCGAGUUCGAUAUCGUCUUGCGGAAUCGCGAGUGGAUGAGGCAGGUGGAUGCGAGCUCGAAGACGUGCAAUCCGCGCGGGAAGGGGGCUGUGGCGGAUGGAAUCCCCACCCACCCCAAGGCGGAACGCGCUCUCCCCCACUCCGAGGAUGACGCUGACGAAGACGGCUACCGCGCGAAUACGGAGGAGCUCGGGAUGAACGCCCUCUCGAUGCGGGAAAAUUCCCUUUUGAACUCCGGAAACGCCAAGAGCUUGCCGUCAUUUCCCGACAGCGGCACCCUUGGGAGGGCGGAUUCUUCCAUCCUAGGCGGGAAACCAUCUGAAGGGUUCCGGUUCGCGGAGUGGUACCUCGAAUCGCUUCUCGAAUUUCCCGUGUUGGGCGACGUUUCCACGCAGGAAGGCGAAAGGGCGCCCUCGGUGGGCUCCGAAAAGGCCGUGGCGGAUACGCAGCUGCCGCCGCCGCAUGUGCGCUAUGCGUGGGUGCGUAACCCCCCCUCCCUAGACUCGCGCUCAACUUUCACGAAGGAGUCCGUCGUGGAGGAGGAUGAUGACUGA